AUGGGUGAUAGUCAAGAUGAAACAAAACCACUUUUGCAAAAUGAACUUAAUACGAGAAUUGUCACCAACUCUGCUGUCCCUGCUGGAGAACAGGAGCCCCAAACUGUAUCACCUCUUGGGCCUGAUGAUUUUCCUCCAUCCUAUCAAGCUGCGAUUCAUGGAAAUGCACCCAUGGUUACAUGUAGAGUCUGUCAAGCAUUGAUUGAUGUUUCUGAAAAAAAAGAACAGCAUGUUGUGAAAUGCGUACAUUGCAAUGAAGCCACACCUAUAAAAAAUCCUCCUCCUGGGAAGAAAUAUGUGCGUUGCCCUUGCAACUGUUUACUGAUAUGCAAGUCAUCUUCUCAAAGAAUAGCUUGCCCAAGACCUAACUGCAAGCGGAUCAUUAAUCUUUCGCCAUCGCCUGUUACUCCUCCUGUCCCAUCUGUGCCUGGAAUGUGUCGAGUGACAUGUGUUCACUGUAGAGAUACAUUUCUAUUUAAUACUCUUAGAAAUGCUCUUGCUCGCUGUCCUCACUGCAGAAAAGUUUCAUCUGUUGGACCAAGUUUUGCUCGUUGGAGAGGAAAACUGUUUCUAACAAUAUCCAUAAUAUUAUUUAUAAUUGGAACUGGAGUGACGCUUGGAACAUAUCAUUUUGCAGCUUUGAAUGGUGGAUAUUUUUUUAUUUAUAUAUGUAUAUUCCUAUUUGGUCUUUUUGCACUCCUUAGAUGUAUUUAUUAUUGUACAAUGAAAGUGAGUGAAAUCGAGGGGCCAGUUUGAAUAAUAAGCGUUUUUGGGUGCAUGUUUAAUUUGAAGCAUAAAGGUCCCUUAUAUUUUCCACAAAUUUUCACACACAUAUAUUUAACCAUUGUUUUAUUGUUUAUUCAGAUAUAUUUAUAUCGUCCUAGUGCAUAGGAGUAUAUAUAUUCAUAUAUAUAUGUAUGUUGAAUGUUUUGAAAAUAAUAAAAGCAUAUUUUAUUGUUAUAAAUUUGAAUUGAAAAGAAUUGGGGAAAAUGGAAUACUUUGUAAAUACCGGGAUCUUUUUUGAGAUGUCCAGCACUAAUGCUGAGCUGUGGCAACGUUCUUAAGGACUGAAAAGAGUAUAUAUCAGAAUGAUGUUAUGAAUAUGAAUUUUUUAUUUUAAUUUUUUAGUGAACAGUAAUUGUUUGUAAGAUAUUCUAUUUGCUACAUAUAAUCUCAUUCUGUGUAUAUUUUAAUUUGUAUGUUUUGGCCAUAUAAAUGCUUUAAUAAUGCUUUUUGAUAAUUCAUAAAGCUUCUAAAUCAAGCUGUUUUAUGUCAAAACUCAAUGUAUCUUAAGUAGGUAGGUUAGAUUAACAAAUUUAUACUUAUUUUUGUUUUUUUCAUAUCUUGUAAAUGAUUACAAAUAUUAUCAAUAAAGUAGUUAUAUUGGAAUCAUUAAUUUUUUCCACAGCGUUCAAUUUGUAUAAGAGAAGUUAUUGUUCCCUAAUAUUAAAUAAAGUAUUUCCUGAAUUAUUUUUAUUAUUAAUGUUUAUUCAUUACUGUUCUUACACCUAUAAUAAAGUGUGUUGUUUUAAAACUAGAUAAAUCCUUCUUAAAUAUUAAGCAAACCAUUCCAUACAAAAUAAAUAAAAUAAAGUAACAAUUCAUAGUUUUUCUGUUAUUAUCUGAUGGCUGGUUAGUUAAUAAUUUCAGACAUAUUUAUUCCAAAUAGUUUUCUGGUUGUUUUUUUUUUCAUAACCACAGGUUCAAAGUAAAUUUGUCUCUCCAAUGUUAUGACCUGCAAUAUGUCCUUUUACUGCGUUACAGAUACAUUUUAAGGUUUUUCUGUUAUAUUCUUUGUUCUGAUUUUACUAGUAUUCUGUAGCAUCAGUCCAGGAUGGCUUGCCUCACUACUGUGUUAUCUUUCUUUUGUUUUUAAUCCCAUUUAUUAUUAAAAUAUCUUAAAUUAAACUGGGUUUGAUAAAUUUUUUUUACAUUUUUGGCUAGUUUAAAUAAAAAAAAAAAAAAAAAAACCUACCACAGAAAUCAGAUAUUUAGAAAUGGUAUUAAGUAGAUGAAAUUUAGUUAUCUUCAUUUCAAUGUAUUUAAAACUAUCGUAUAGAACUUAGUUUGAACCAAGUAAGACCUAAAAAAUUGUGCCUGAGCAACAAAGCAAAAAAGAUCGUUGCUGUCUAUCCUCAAUCUCACCAUGGUAUAGUGCAUCCAAGAGAAGUUUGCAUGUAAGGAAAGGGAACUCACGCAUCCUGUCCUCACUUAAGUUCCACCUCCCCAAAACUCUAUCAUGAUUUUUUUUUUUAUUUAAUGAUAUUUACAAUUGUGUUAAACAAAUACAUUUAGUGAAUUUGAACAUAUGGAUAUAAUGACGUGAAAACACUUGUUAAGAAACUAUCCAAUGGUAGCACUCUAAUAUCAUGAAUUUAAAUAGAUUCAUAAUUAUGUUUUUGUUCUGAGAGAGGAUAGUUUUUCCUCUACCCAGUUUACUCGACAUAGUCAAUGGAAAUCGGUAAAAUAAAUGAAAAAAAAAAAUGAUAAAAGAAAUGUCUACUUGUAAAGAAAAUUGUAGAUGUAUGUACGAAUUAAUACUGCAGACCUCUAUACCCCUCUACCCACUGGCAAAUUUAGAUGGACUGUACCAUACUUAGUGCCUUAGACAAAAUAUCAUACAAUAAUAUCACCUGUUUUCACAAUUACCCAUACCAUAGAAACUUAUCAAAAUGUGGUAAAAUAUAACAAACAAAAAAAAGUUGAUAUGGUACCAAUACUUGAAUUUCCAUUUAAAUACAACAUUUCUCAAAACGUCUGCCAAGUAAGGUCAGUAUAGCUUCCUCACCGUUUCCGUUGUAUAUUACAAGGUAUACAAUUUUUCGAAUGAGAUAGCUGAUUACAGUUACCCAUCAUUCAACAUGAUCAUCAACAUCAGGUCAACAUUCAACAACAGAGGGUCGUAUUUGAAUAUUCCAUACUUAAUUAUGCUU